GUUAGAAUUGUUAAAAGAAUCCUGAUACAUUACUACAAUGGCCACUGCUCAGCUCUCUCACUCCGUCAGAAUACAAAAGGCAUCUAAGGAAACAGUUUUCCCAUCCCAAAUCACUAAUGAGCAUGAGUCAUUGAUAAUGGUGAAGAAACUUUUUGCUACUUCUAUCUCAUGUAUAACAUAUCUAAGAGGACUUUUUCCAGAAAGCUCUUAUGGAGAACGCCAUUUGGAUGACCUCAGUUUAAAAAUCCUCCGAGAAGACAGAAAAUGUCCCGGGUCACUACAUAUUAUCAAGUGGAUUCAAGGUUGUUUUGAUGCUUUGGAAAAGAGAUACCUACACAUGGCAAUACUUACACUUUACACAAAUCCCAAGGAACCUGAGAAGGUGACUGAGAUAUAUCAGUUCAAAUUCAAAUACACAAAAGAAGGAGCCACUAUGGAUUUUGACAGUCAUAGCAGUAGUACGAGCUUUGAAAGUGGGGCAAAUAGUGAAGAUAUUAAGAAAGCCAGUGUUCUACUGAUCCGUAAAUUGUAUAUACUGAUGCAGAACCUUGGACCCCUUCCUAAUGAUGUUAUACUUACUAUGAAACUCCACUACUAUAAUGCAGUAACCCCACAUGAUUACCAACCCCCUGGUUUUAAAGAAGGGGUGGACUCACACUUCCUGUUAUUUGAGGGUGAUCCUGUCAACCUGCAAGUGGGAUUAGUCUCCACUGGCUUUCAUAGCAUGAAAGUAAAAGUCACGACUGAGGCCUCCAGAGUGCCUGAUUUGGAGAACAAUCUCUCUCCGGAGAACAGUACUACCCAGAUUGCCCAUCAGGGUCUAGACUGCGAUGAGGAAGAAGAGGAAUGCAACAAUCAUAUUCAAAGAACGAAUUUUGUCUACAGUCAGCAAAGUUCUGAGAGCUCCCGGAAGAAGAGGAAAGUCAGCGAACCAGUGAAAGUCUUCAUCCCUAACAGAAAAUGAAAGUUAGAUGCUUUCACUACAUUUAUCUUUAGAUAAUUUUGUUUUGCAAAAACAUGCAUGAAGUGUCUUAGUAGGAAAGUAAGUUCCUAUUAUCAAAACCUUUUAAAAAUUUGUUGCUCAACUUUUUAAAGUCAAUUUACUGAGUAAUAAAUUACUGGGUAGGACAUGAGUUUACUUUGCUACAAGGAAACAAGGUCACCAGGGCUGCUUUGGGAUAGCAUUACUUCAAGGCUGAGUUAGAGAUGAGACAUCCUUUAUAUUUGUAAAAGAACCACAGCAACUAUUUUGACAAGAAAUAAGCUGUUGUCCUCAAAGGAAAGAAGAACUUUCUUUGUGUAAUUAAACUCUCCAGAUAUUUAGACUACUGUGAAAUGUUUUAACUUGUUGUAACCUGUGUACUGGAAUCCCUCUAUAGCUUUAUUAAAAUUCCCACAGAAUUGCAUAGGAUGUUUGUGGAGGUGCUUAUCCAGGUGUGAUUUAAGUGUUAACAAUCACAAGGUUGAUCAGCUAAGUGUGGGACCAAAAUGUGCUCUUCCUGUAAAGUUCCUCAACUCUGCCCCCAGGCCCUCUUCUACUGGUCAGUCCAAGAUAGGGGACAUGCUACACUUCAGGAGCCUCGCUCCUUUCUUGAGGCCUAUGUUGAAUAUUUCCCAAUAAGUGCCUCAUUUUAUUAGUCUGUAACAUGCAGAUGAUGCUUUUAGUCUCCCCUCCCCCUUAUUCUGGAAGAAUUUUGAUAGACUUAAUGAUUAGUAUGAGAUGAAUAAUAAAUAACUUAAAGUAUUAUUUUAUUAUUUAUAUUACAUGGAAUAUAAUAAUUUAAUUUAAAUGGAUAAGACCAAUAAGUUGUAUGUUAUGUGUAUAUUCUUUAUGGUUAAAUAAAAUUAAAAUGCAA